AAAUCAAACCAAUACAACCGACUCGCCCCCUCCUACCCAAACAAGUGCAGUGCAGCGCCUCGCCAUACCGGCCAUGUCGGCGAUUGAAUUGGUGCAGGGGUCGCGUGCCGGCCAGGAAGCGGAGCAGGAACCAGAGUCGGAGCCGCAGCGCAAGUGGGUGGCCCUCGUCUCCGUUGCCGUCCUCGACAAAGAGGACGAUCGGACCCAGGAGAUCGUCCUCGGCACCGACGUGCUGCUCGAUCUCAAAGACCCGCCGCUACCCUCCUACCUGGUGCUGCACCCCAGCGUGUCCCUUGACCCCAGGAGUAACGAAGAGCCGCUGUCCGCCUACAUCCUCGCCGCCCACCGCUCCGGCUACAUUCUCCUCCAGGUCGUCGAAGGCAACCGCCCGGACUUCUUCCUCUGCGACACGCACAGUCGUACCGUCACCAUCCUCCCCUUGGUGUCCUCCUUUCUUCGGACUUGCCAGGGCCUCGACAUCUGCACCCACCUCAGCAUUGGCCUCAUCGCCGACCCGCUCCGCCGGGGCCACUACGUGGUGGCCCAGCUUCAACCCCCCAACUCCUUCUACCACCCCAACAGGCUCCUCUGCUACUCCACCGCCGAACGUCGGUGGUUUGUCAGGCACCUCACCCGGGAAACGGACCACAUGUGCAGCCCCUUCUCGCAGAACGGCGUGCUCGCCCACGAAGGUCGCCUCUGGUGGAUCGCCCUCGCCUAUGGCAUAUUCUUCUGCGACCCCUUCACGCCUGACCUCCGGUUCCCCGAGCUGUGCUUCCUCCCGCUUCCGGCCGACUGCCAGAUGGACGGCUACGUCGUCUUCGAGCCACACAUCAGGACCCUCAUCAACCAACGACGCUGCGUCAGGCCCAGCGAGGGCAAGCUGCGGUUCGUCGAGAUCCGCGGCCUCGCCUACGACGAUGUGCUCAUCGACGAGGACGACGCACCCCCGGGCCCGGCUAACCCCACCGUCGGGAUGUGGACGCUCGACGACGACCCGGAGGGCCCGGACCCGUGGAAGCUCGAGUACGAGGUGCCCUUUGCCGAAAUCUGGGACAACGAGACCUAUGCCGACGCCGGCCUGCAUCCGGGCGAGGUGCCCCACGUCGCCCUCGUCGACCCCAACGAUCACUGCGUCGUCUACUUCUUCCAGGGCUCGAAGCUCUUUGGCUUGGACGUGCUCAAGAAGCAGGUCAUUACCUGCAAGGAAUGUCUUAUAGACCGUGAUCAAGUCAUCAUGUUCCAAUCCUCCCGCCCCAUCGUCGAUGCCUGGGAGCUGUCGUCACCACCACCUACGCUCCCGGGAGACGACGACGACCUUUCACCAGAAGAUAAUGUUUCGCCGGGACAGCCUGACGAGGGAGAAAAGAAGCGCCAGGUGACCGAGUCUGUUUACUCUUGGCUAAGCGAUGUCUGGGAGUGGACAAGGGGGGAUGUGGACGAGAAGAUGGCACCAUCAACAUCCGAUGAUGAAUCAUCUCACUCCUCGGAUGCGCCGGAGAUACAGCUCCCCUCCUCUCCCUAGGUGGAACAGAGAGCCCAGGGGCGCUGAUUAUAUUGGUCAUGUCAGUAUAUGGACACUUCUUUCGAUCAUCUUGCGUUUCAGAUACAAUACAUAUAGUAGAGUAGAGCCUGCAGCUUUGUGUCAUGGACAUGUCAUCCAUUCUCAUUCAUGCCUAUUAUUGAACUAUAUGAGAACCUGCAAUUAGAGGUGG